ACUGAUUAAAGACUUUUCAAUGUUCACUAAUCGCCCGAGAUUGUACAUGAACAUUCAACCUUUUGACGCAUCUCUGAUUGGAUUGUGUGAUAUGCGGUGGAAAGAAGUUCGAUCCAUUCUCUCUCCUGUAUUCAGCACCAGCAAACUGAAACUAAUGAAAAGUAUUUUUGAAAAGAAAGUAGAUGCUGCAGUAGAUAUUGUGAGCGGAAAAGCUCAAAGGAACGAAAUGUUCAAUAUUUAUACAAUUUUUCAAGGGUUGACCCUGGAUACGAUUUCUGCAUGUGCUCUGGCUAUGAAAACUCGUUGUUUAGAAAAGGAAAACGAUCCAUUAAUGGUUUCAAUGCGAAAAUUUGUUCACGAGGCUCAUACUUCAGCCAUAACACUUGGAAUCAUGUUUCCGAUUUUAGAAACCAUUUUUACAUUUAUAGUCAAUAAUUUGAAUCAACACAGCCAACUGAAUUCCCUGAUCGUUGGAAACUUGCACAAAGUAAUUAACGAAAGGAGAAUGAAUCCUGAUUUACGGAGCAUGGAUGUACUUCAACUUAUGCUCGACUCUAGCGAGGAAGAUAGUAAAAGUAGUACAAAAUUGACGACAAAAGAAGUCGUAGCAAAUGCAUUCCUGGUUGUGAUUGGUGGAUACGAAACUACUUCUACAGCUCUUGCAUUCACACUUUAUUUGCUGGUGAAGCAUCCAGAUAUUCAAGAACGCCUUUUCGAAGAAAUUGACCAAGCUCCUGAUACCAACUACACCACACUUCAAGAGCUCAGGUACUUAGAUCAAGUGUUCGAAGAAUCUUUGAGAAUGUAUCCACCUGUUACGGGACUGAUAAGCAGAGAAUGCAGAGAAGACUAUAAUGCAGGAACCUACACCUUCCCAAAGGAAUCAAUCGUGCUAGUACCCAUUUGGCAACUCCAGCAUGAUCCAGAAUUAUUCCCGGAUCCAUGGAAUUUUGAUCCUGACAGAUUUUCACCAGAAAACAAAAAUCGCAUAAAGAGUAUGUCCUACUUACCAUUCGGUGAAGGACCGAGGAACUGCAUUGGUUCCAGAUUUGCACAACUCGAAGCAAAAUUAACAUUAUUCAAACUCAUAAAGAAAUUUAAAUUUGUACCUUGUGAGAAGACUGAAGACAACAUCACGAUUGUGUGCCCAACUCUGGCAUGUAAUCCGAAGAACGGAGUUUGGUUGAGAGCUUUACCUCGAUAAAUUGAAAAUUCGAAGGAAACAAUGUUGUUUCUUCUUUUCUAAGACUCGAACUGUACCUCUGGAAACUAACAAUUAGAAAGAAACAAUGUCUCUAUUUUAUCUAAGACUUGAACUGUACCACGGAAAACUAACAAUUAGAAAGAAACGAUGUCUCUAUUUUAUCUAAGACUUGAACUGUACCACGGAAAACUAACAAUUAGAAAGGAACAAUGUCUCUAUUUUAUCUAAGACUUGAACUGUACCACGGAAAACUAACAAUUAGA